AUGAAUGAUGAUAUCCUAUGUCUACGAUUUCUCAAUACACAUAUUGCUCCAGUUAUUGUUAUUUUGGGCAUAAUUGGUAAUAUUCUAUCGAUUAUUGUUCUACGAAAUCGACGUAUGAAAUCACCAGUUUCAAUAUAUUUAAUUAGUUUAUCAGUAUUUGAUAUAUUAUUAUUGGUUUGUGCUAUAGUAUUAUUUUUUGAAUAUCCUUUCGCUGAAGAUAAUGAUAAUGAUGAUGUGGAUAGUUCAUCGUUUGCACUCACUAUGCAUAAUUCAUCAACAGAUGAUUAUUUGAAUACAUUCAAUAAACAAGUACACAAUCAAACAGAUACUGUUCAUCAUAGUAAAAUAAUGCCUAAUAUAACUACAGCACAUCGUAUUUAUGCUUUAAUUCAAGCCCAUUUAAUUUAUCCUAUUGCAUUAACCGCCCAGACUGCUGCUAUAUGGAUUACAGUGAGUUUAACAGUAGAACGAUACAUAGCUGGAUGUUAUCCAUUACAUGCAAAUGUCUUAUCAUCUAUACCAAAAUCUCGAUUAGUUGUUUGUUGUUGUAUUCUAUGCGCAAUUGUUUAUAAUCUACCAAGAUGGUUUGAAAUGACCACACAUCAACCAAUGAAUGCAACUGAAUUAUUAAAACAAACUAGUAAUUUUUCACAAUAUUCAACACAAUAUAAUUGGCAUUCAAUAUUUCGUCUUGUUUAUUAUACAUGGGGAUAUAUAUUAGUGAUGUUUUUAUUACCAUUAAUUGCAUUAUUGGUAAUGAAUAUACGUUUAAUGUAUGCAUUGCGUAGAUCAGAUUUUGCUAUUUGUAAAACAUCACAUUCAACACAAUAUUUAGAUACACCACGUGGUAGUACCAAUGCAUUAGUUGAUGUUCAUACAAAUAUCUAUGCAAAAACGUCGACAACAUCGAAUAAAUCAAUCAAUAAAUCAUUUCCAAUUCGAUUUCAACAAAGUGAUCAUUGUAAAUCGUGUAAAACGUUAAGAACCACAAUGACACCACCAUAUGGUCCAACACGAUUAGCUAUACAAGCGGAUAAAAGUAUAACACGUAUGAUUAUAGUUGUAGUUGGUGUAUUUAUUGCUUGUCAAUUACCAGCAUUAGUAUUUAAUAUUUAUUUUGGUAUUGUAUCACCGAAAGUUCUACCAUAUGGUUGGUGUGCAUUAUCUGAAUUGCGUAAUUUUCUAGUUGUAGUUAAUUCUAGUGUUAAUUUUAUUGUUUAUUGUGUAAUGGGAGCAAAAUUUCGUCGAAGUUUUAUUCAUGUGAUAACACCAUGUUGGGAGAUUAAAUUAACUAAGAAUACUGUACAAAAAGCAGCAACAGUACGAUUGAUGACUUUACGAUCAGACGCAACAGAACUUCAAUAA